UUACUCCCCCGGGACGCGGCGAUUAGACUCCCUAAAGACUCUAUAAUCCGAGAGAAGAGAAAGGAAAAGAAAAAAGAAAGAAAGAAAGGCAAUAUGGGUGCAGCGGGCACCAAGAGGAAUGCCAGAGUUCGUCGCUCAUCUCCUCGGACGACCGAUGGUGGUUCUACCGUUACCCUUUUCAAUGUCGUUGCCAGGUUGGUCCCCAUCAUCCAUCCCAAGUUCCGAGUCUUCCUCAUGGAGAAGCCCCGCUAGUGACGUGUGGCGCUAAUAGCUUGCCGGUGCCAUAGAAUCCUGGCAUGGUACACAUUAUAUACUGUAUUGUUCCGCUGUCCAACAGUACCAACAAACGUUUCCCCUACAAUAUGCCACACCUCUCACGCUAUCUCGAACGCCCUCCGCCCGCAUCUCGAGCCGUACUACGAUACCUACGUUUCUCCUUAUGUCACAGAAUAUGGCCCCCAUGUGAAGUACACCAAUGAGCAUUAUAUUACUCCCGUCUACAGAUCGGCCUUCUCCUCAUACGAAAAGUUUGCGGCUCCUCAUGUUGCUCGCGGUCAGGAGUACGCCUCAAAGGAGUACAACAGGUCGGUAAGGCCUCGCGUUGACGAGGUUUCCAAAAAGGCGAGGGUGUAUUACGACGGCUACCUUUCUCCUCACGUAGCUACAGCCAAUGAGUUCUAUGCCUCAGCCCAGCCUUAUUUAGUCAGGGUAGGGAAGACCGCCGAAUGGUUUUCUAGAGAAAUCUUAGUACCGGCGUUUGAGCGGAGCUUGGAGCAAUUAAGGCAUAUCAUUGUUACCGUUAUUGCUCCUUUGGUGAGGGCCAAUGGAGAGAAGGCUGUUGGGUGGGGUAUCGGUGUGUGGAGCGAGGUUGUUAGGCCCCAGGUUGGAAGGAUCGGAAAACGGCUUGGAGGCGCCGGAAGCGGGUGAGCUGAUAUUCUCUCCAUAUUUCUAUUCUAUUUUCGUCUUUAGAUUCCCUUACGCCUUCCUAUUUCCAUAGCAAUUUGUAGACAGUGGGACAUGGAGUUUUACGGUCAGCGGGCGGAUAUCACCGGUCAUGUAGAAAGUUCUGAGUAGAGCCAGGAGUCAUUUUUCUCUCUCUCUCUCUCUCUUUCUUCUAAUUAGAACAGUUCAAAAUUCACUCGGUUCAAUGAACUAAUGCAUUUUGUUCAUGCAGAGUUCCUGCUGUUUCUUCUAUCUCGGCUUCGAUAUUCUCUUCGUUUUCUUCAGCUGAUACAGUUAAGGCGACCGCAUCCGCGGCGUCGUUAUCUUCUAUCAUUUCGUCUGUUUCUGCGGAAGCCGCAUCUGCCAAGGCUUCGGCUUCCUCGCAAGCAGCCGAGGCCAAUGAGGGUAAGACCUCGGAUAAUGAGGCUAAGAGGCCUACCAAAGAGGAAAUUCGGGAGAUAAUUAAGGCAGACCUUGAGAAGUGGAAAGUCAAGUUUGGCGCGGCCACCGAAAAGGCUGCCACAGAUCUCAACUUGCGAAUUGACGAAAUCUCAGCAGGGGCCAAGAAUGGACAGGAAAUGCAUGUCCAGGAGGAGAUCGAGUCCCUCGAGGAAUUGAUUGAGCGGGAAUUCGCCUCUCUUAAAGUGGUAGUCCAGGAACUCACAAGACCAGCUUAUUCCGGAAAGGGAAAAGAGCACCAACAAGCAUCUGAAGAAACUUUUGCCGCUAAAUCCAAGGAAUCGGGCAUCAAAAUUAGAGACAAGGCUCAGUCAAUCAGAGUCGAGAGCCAGCAAUUCUUAUCAAAUGUUUACGCCGACAUCGCUAAUGCCGCCGAUGAUCACUUGGAGGUCUUGGACUCGGUUCUCGAUCUCGCAAUGCAGGAGCUGGGAAUGAAAUGGGCCUGGAUGGACCAUGUCACGUACAAAGACUGGCUGAAAUAUCACGAGCUCAAGAAGGACUUUGAUAACCUCCGAAGAAGUGUUAUUGCGGCAGCCCAGAAGAACCGAAAGCUGAUUGAAAUCACCCAUUGGACUGAGAGGAAUUGGGAAGGAAAGGCUACAGUUAUUGCCAAAGAGGCGGCUGAUGAACUCAAGAGGUUAAAGACGGCUUCCAAGAGGAAGAUCCGAUUGUCUGGUCCGAGCGACGAUAUUUCCGAGUCAGUUGCUCCAGCCGCAGCAUAUCAGGCGACCCAGGCGAUCAUGAAGGAAGCGGAAGGCGCCUUAUCCGCAGCAGAGAAAUCAACGGGCCAAGCAUCAGAGGAAGUGAUUGGCAAUGAGCCGCCUACCACGCUAAGUGUGGCUAGUGUUGCGAGCGAGAAGGCGAAGAGCGCCGCCGCUGUGGCUUCGGAGAAGGUGAGGGGCCGGACUACCCGGAAUACUCUAGAGCAACCGUAUUAACGGGCAAUUUAGGUAUACGACACAGAAUCCAACGCUGGUGAGAAGGCAGCCACAGCGGUUCCAGAAACUGCUCUUGGUGAAGAAGAGCACGCCCCCGUAGCUUCUUCCAUCUCCUCCGUUGCUAGCGAGAUCAAAGAAUCCAUCAAGCCAAAGGUUUGGGGCGGUGUAGAUGCUGGUUUUGUCGCUGGCUCUAGAGUAGAAUACGAUGUCGAUGACAGCGAUGACGAAGAUACCAUGGGUGAAAAGGUGCGGAGUGUUGUUGAUGCUGCCAGCUCGAAACUUGCGGACGCUUCCAGAGCCGUUUCGGCGGCAAUCGCCGGAGCAGCGACUACACAAUCGCCCGGCGAGGAAUAUGCCUCCAUUGCGAGUGAGAAAUACGAAUCUGCGGUCAGUGCUGCCUCGAGCGCACUGUGUGGGGCUCCACAGCCUGGCAGGGAACCACUUAGCGUCGCGACUGACAAGUACUCUGCUGCUGUUGCUGCUGCAAGCAGUGUUAUCUACGGAACAUCGACCCCCAGAGCCGAAGCUUUUGUAGUGGAAGCCAAGGAAAAGUAUGCAGCAGCUCUGGCAGCAGCGGAGGAGAGUUAUUCAAGUCUUCUUGCUUCCAGCGCGAGUGUCCAGAGUCAAUAUGACCAUGCUGUCAGGCAAGCACAAAUCACAUAUCAAUCUAUGAUUGAUGCGGCAAGCACGAAGGUUCACGGAACGCCGCAACCUACAAUCGAAAGCAUGGUUGGCGCCGCAAAAACUAGGUAUCAAGAAGCCUUGAGCGAGGCCCAAAAGACAUAUGAAAGUUGGUACGAUGCAGCUCCAACAGUCGGUGAGCGACUAUCUACACCCAUGACUCACGUACCUCAAUACUCAUACUAUCGUUCUUCAGGUAUCCCGAUCCCUCCCUACCAGUCCGUAGCCCCCGCCAUCUCCAAAUUAGCUGAAAACGCCGCCAGUGCGGCAUCAGAAAAGAUUUACGGAACGCCACAGCCCUCUACCGAAUCCGUCGCCUCCGUAGUUGGGGAGCACGUUGCGACUGCAACCGCUAAGACCGAGAAAGAAUACGAGUCCAUGAGAGCCUUCAUCUCGGAAUUAGUCUACGGCAAAGAACCCGCAUUCACCGAAAGUGUCAUGUCCCGUUUCUCCUCCCUCUUCCACGCCACCCCGACACCAUCACUAUCCCAUGCCGCCGCCGGCUCCCACGUCUCUGCUGCUAGCCCUAUGGGAAGCUCCAUGACCCCCCCACCAUCCCUGGAAAGCAUAAUUUCCUACGCGAGCGCCCAGGUCCAAUCCGCCAUUUCCGCUGCCAGUGUACAAGUCUACGGACCCACUUCCACCCGGGGAAGCGCGGAAAGCAUGAUUAGUGUCGUAGGCGAGGCAGACUCAUCCGCACGCUCCAGCGUCUCGUCGGCAAUCCAUAGCUGCGAGACAACGGCCGUGCUCGAAUCAGCGAACGCACGCAUCAAUGCUGCGAUUGAGAGUGCCAAGUCUGCGGUUUCGGAAGCGGUGUACGGCACGGAGAAGGGAACCGUUGAGCAAGCUACCAGCGCGAUCCCGCAGGUCACGAGUACCGUGAUGGAAGCCGCUAGUUCGGCCGCCAGCGGCGCCCAGGCGAGGGUUUUGAGAGCGGUGCAUGGGCCUGAGAAGGGUUUCGUCGAGAGCGCCCAGCAGAGGCUAGAAGUUGCGGUUGAGAGCGGCAAGAGGAGGCUUAGUGAGGUUUUGCACGGGUAUGUCGCGCAAGUCACCGAGGCUGCUGGGAGCGCGUAUAGUCAGGCCACCAAGGUGGCUUCCUCUGUAGUGUCGUCGGCCUCUAGCGCCGUUGUCCCGCCGGAACCCAAAGCGCACGAGAGGGUUAGGGAGGAGUUGUAG